UGCGAGCACAGGCGCACGUGGUUCUAGCGGUAGCAUUUACUUCGUCUGAAGACUGCGAUGACUCGAUAAAUAAUAUUUUCUGGAACAGCAAGAGAACUUCUCCAAACCAGCUAUUUAUUAUCAUGCGGACGGCCGCCUUACAUUAUUCGCCUAAAAAUCUGUCGUUGUUCCCAAUUAGCCGUCUCUCUUAUUCCUCUUCCAUCAUCUGAUAUAUUUUCGGUCCCUGCACUAGAAUAAAAUAUCCCCCGGCUCUUCCCCUCGUCGGGGAAACACCCCUCUUCUCAGCUUAAGCCCUGCGCUUUCUCCGCAUAUCCCACCCACCUCAAGCAACAUGGAUCUUGUCAAUCACCUAGAAGGACGGUUACUAUUCGCGAUUCCCAAAAAGGGGCGCCUCCAACAAGCUGCCAUUGACCUUUUGGCGGGCUCUGAUAUCCAAUUCCGCCGCGAAACCCGCCUCGACAUCGCCCUAGUAAAAAACCUCCCAAUCGCCCUGAUUUUCCUCCCCGCAGCUGAUAUACCCACCUUUGUUGGCGAAGGUGGUGUCGAUCUAGGAAUCACUGGUCGCGACCAAGUGGCCGAACAUGACUCCAAUCUCCUGCCAGGUGAGGUAUCAGGUUUGGAGGAGAUCCUCGAUCUGGGGUUUGGCGGGUGUAAAUUACAAAUCCAGGUCCCCGAGAAGGGAUCAAUUACGGACCCGAAGGAAUUGAUUGGGAAAAACAUUGUCACGAGCUUUACCGGUCUGACACAAUCAUAUUUUACGACUUUAGAGGGGAAGGAGAAGCCCUCCACGAAGAUUAAGUACGUUGGUGGAAGUGUAGAAGCUGCAUGCGCACUGGGGGUUGCAGAUGGGAUUGUGGAUUUAGUGGAAUCCGGCGAAACUAUGAAAGCUGCAGGCCUGAAGCCCAUCGGCACAGUCGUCGAAAGUACCGCCGUCCUAGUCAAAUCCCGGAACACAAGGAAUGAACUCGUAAACCUCAUCGAAUCCAGAAUACGUGGUGUCAUCACUGCCAAAAAAUACGUCCUUUGCCAAUAUAACGUUCCGCGCUCCCUGUUACAAGCUGCAUGCGAAAUUACUCCUGGUAAGCGUGCACCAACAGUAACCCCCAUCGAUGAUGCUGGCUGGGUUGCAGUGAGCUCUAUGGUGGAGAAGAAAUCCAUCGCCACCGUCAUGGAUAGGCUGACCGCUGUUGGUGCGACGGAUAUAUUGGUAUUGAGUAUUUCUAACUCGAGGACCAGAUGAGAAAUGGGAUUUCUUUUUCUUUUUGAUGUUCGUUUUCAUUCUCGACAACCAAAAAUACAAAUUAUAGACGGCUAUUAACUUGGAAUUUUCUAUGAUUCUAUUUCUUGCUGGGAGGGGGCAUUUUCUGCAUUUCCUCGUCCUAGAUAUGGCUCGUGAUCGUGUUUAAGUGUAUGCCGUUCUCAGAAUG